AUGCGUCCCAACUUACUCAAGCGGGCACACAGCCAUAACAAACAGACGCUGAAUAAUCUGUUGCAUUCGCGGGGCACUUCGCCGCAUCCUCAAGGCGAUACGAUCUCCGGCCAUAAACAGAUCGAGGAAGAGACACUUCCCAAGUACAACCCAGAUCACUGGUACCCUGUAAAACUGGGUGAAGUGUUAAACCAUCGCUAUGAAAUCCUGGUCAAACUCGGUUAUGGCAUGACGGCCACAGUCUGGCUCGCCAGGGAUCUCCAAGCUGAUGUGAAUGCCGGCAACCGCAAAUAUGUUACCAUCAAGAUUAACGUCAACACCCUUGGUGAAGACUUCCAAAAAGGCCGACGAGAGAUCGCGCAGAAGCUGUUCUCAGCCAAUCCCAACCAUCCUGGGUAUGGCCAUGUCCGAUUCAUGCUCGACACCUUCAAGCUCAGGGGAAAGCACGGCGAACAUUUGUGCAUCGUGUACGAUGUACUCCGUGAACCCAUCGAUUUGUGCAUGGAGAAAUUCCCCGGUCGACGAUUUAGCUGUGGAAAACUUCGCGUCUUGCUGCCAGCUCUGUUACAGGGUCUCGACUACAUGCAUUCCGAGUGCCAUGUUGUCCAUACCGAUCUGAAGGCUGACAACAUCAUGAUGGGUCUGGGCGACCCUAACAUCCUCGACCACUUUGUGCAGAAUCAAAUAGAACAUCCAGCACCCCGGAAGGCGCCUGAUAGCCACGGACGGGUCAUCUACACAUCGUGCAGUGAUUUCGGAGAACCGCCCAAUGAAGCCGUCAUUGCGUCUGCGAAAAUCACCGAUAUCGGUCUGGCGGCGUGGGGAGACGAGAAGAACACGAAGCCUAUUCAGUCCAAUGCUUUCAUGGCGCCCGAAGUCAUCUUGCAGGCGGGGUGGUCCUAUCCGGCCGACAUCUGGAAUCUGGGAGUCAUGUUGUGGGAUUUAUUUGAGCAUUUUGGAUUGUUCGAUCGGAUUGAUACGAAACCCGGUCACUACCAUCCCGAGCGGCACUUGGGUUUGAUGGUGGCCCUGUUGGGGCCUCCACCCAAAGAUUUCCUGAAGCGUUGUGCCAAAGCAUCGGCCUACUUCGACUCGGAAGGCCAGUUCAAAUAUCCCGAAUAUGUCGAGGAACACACGUUUGAAUCUUCCAUCGUCAGGCUGAAAGGGGAAGAGAAAGAGUUGUUUAUUGACUUCGCCAAGAAAAUGAUCACUUGGGUGCCUGAAGAACGAUGGACUGCUAAACAACUACUGGAGCAUCCUUUCCUGACAAAAGAACGAGACUGUCCAUUCACGACACCGAGUCUCAGCAGAGCUUCGACGGCGUCCUUCAACUCGACAAUCCCGUCACGAGCAGUUACGCCAGGGAUCCCUACUUCAAGCUCGCCUAGUUGGGGACCGAACUCCUCACCAAAAUCACUGCCUCAAAACGCAUCGGUGUUGCCGUCCAGGCUGCUGGAAUUGGUGCCGUCUCUUGCCUCGAUCGAUAGCGCAGAGACAAAACCCGAGAAACUCAUUACAAAUGACGACAGAUCGUCUUCGAGAACCUCCCUUUCCUUGAGGCCUAAGAUGGAGAGUCUUAUCGAGUCGCAUAAUGAACCCGACGAAGUGCCCAAUUCUAAGCGUUCGUCAAUGAAUACGUCAAACAAGUGCUCACAAGAUAUCAUUGAUGCCAUCCUCAAAAAGGGCAAAGCCAACCACGUGCAGCCAGAAGCGAAAUGA